AUAAAACAACAUUUGACAGUUAACGAGAGUGAAAAUAUUAUCAAAUUUUUAGGAAUUACCCAAGGAUCUGGCAAUCGUGGGAAUUCCGAACAAAAAAAUUACAUGAUAGUUUUACAAUACGCAAACGGCAGGACCUUAAAAAAUUAUUUAGAAGAUAAAAUUAUCAAUAAUAUUUUUACAAUUUCGUGGACAGUGCUUAUUUUAAUUACGGAGCAAAUUAUUUUCGGACUGCAGGAUCUGCACGAAAAUAACAUUGUUCACGGGGACUUGAAUCCUAAAAACAUUUUCGUAAUAAAUGACGAUUACAAUAGGUUCAAUAAAGUUGUAUUAGCUGAUUUUGGAUCAGCAUCGAAACUUGACGACAGUUUA